CUUUUUUUGAAUUUUCUCUUUCACUUUCCUUGUAUGAUUAAGGAGAGACUUCUUUUAUUACAAGUUCAGUUUAAAUUGAUUUUAAGUUGUGUUGGUUACUUUUAAAUUUACCUGUACUUUUUUUCCUCAUACUCUUCUCUUAUUUGGUUGUGUAUUUUUUUAAAUAAUGGGUGACAGUGAUAAAAAUAAUGUCACCUUGUGCUCCUAUCAACGAGUUAAUGAAAAAAUUGGAGGCACUGGAGUAGGAGGUGGGAUUGUUGUCAACUCAACACCUGCGGUCGAAGUUCGCAAAGUUCGCCUCUCUUAUGGAAGGGGUAAAAAUGCUAAAUCAAUUUUAUCCGCUAUUGAUUUAACUGUGCCCGAAGCUUCUAUUUAUGGUCUUUUGGGACCAAGUGGAUGUGGUAAAACCACAUUGCUUCGAUGUGUUGUUGGUCGACUUUCACCUUCCUCUGGUUCCAUUCGGAUAUUUGGUUUUCGCCCUGGCGAACCAGGUAGUCAAAUUCCUGGGCCAGCAAUUGGAUAUAUGCCUCAAGAAAUUGCUGUGUAUGAGGAUUUCACUAUUGAGGAGACACUUAUUUAUUUUGGUCGACUUUUUCGUUUGAGCAAUCAUGUUCUUCGUGAACGUAUUGCCUUUUUACUAUCAUUUUUGGACCUUCCCGUUAAAACACGUUUAGUUGCCAAUCUUAGUGGAGGUCAGAAAAGACGUGUUUCUCUGGCCGCCGCUCUAGUUCACAGUCCACCUCUGUUGAUUCUAGAUGAGCCUACAGUAGGAGUAGAUCCACUUCUUCGUCAAUCAAUUUGGCAACAUCUGGUUACAUUGACCCAGGCUGAGAAAAUAACCGUCAUUAUCACAACCCAUUAUAUUGAAGAAGCUCGACAAGCAAAUGUUGUUGGAUUAAUGAGACAUGGACAUCUCCUGGCUGAGAAUGCACCUGAAGAAUUAUUACGACAAUAUCGAAUGGAAACUUUAGAAGAUGUUUUCUUGAAAUUGUGUAUGGCCGAUACAACUGGCCGAGGUGUUACGACAUCAACAAAUCUAUCAGUUCCUCCAACACCCGAUUUAAAAUCCAAAGAUGGUUCUAAGCAAUUUCCCUCAGUAUUUUCAAUAUACUCCAAUAACUCUGAAUUUAAUCUACCACCAACACCCAAACCUGAGAUGGGCUUUGAUUCAUCUACUCUUAACUUGGUUCCUGAAAACAAUGGAGUAACGAAUAUUUCGGGUUCAAAUGGAUCUACAAAUAUGAGUCUUACUCGAAGAAAGUCAAAGGGAUCUAAAUAUGAAUCGAAACGUUUAACUUUUGGUGAAUAUUGGGCAACAACAAUGGCAUUAUUUUGGAAAAAUAUGACUCGACUUCGGCGUAAUAUUCCUGUUCUUUUAUUCCAAUUUGCUCUUCCUGCGAUUCAAGUAAUUCUAUUCUGUAUUUGUAUUGGUGCUGAUCCAUUUAACAUACCAUUGGCUGUAGUUAAUGAAGAUACUGGACAAAUAUAUUCACGUGAUUUCCUCAAAGAACUUGACCCUUACAUCGUUGAUCAACAUAACUUUACAUCAGUAGAUGAAGGUAAAGAAGCGGUUAGAAACGGGUCGAUGUGGGGUGUACUACAUAUACCGGAAAGGUUUUCUCAAGCAUUAUUGGCUAGAAUGCUUCGAGGUGAGGAAGUGGACAACAAAACAAUUGAGGACAGUACAAUCAAGGUUUACCCUGAUUUAACAAAUCAACAAAUUUCAUAUACAAUGGAACGAACAUUCAAAGAGGCGUUUCAAGAAUUUGCCAAAAAAGCUUUGACUGCUGCAGGAAGAAAUCCUGCCUUAGCUGAAUUUCCACUUGCUCUUGGAGAACCUGUUUAUGGUGAAUUAAAACAUCAAGGAUAUCUUGAAUACAUGGCACCAGGAGUUGUUGUUAGUAUAAGUUACAUUAUGGCUACAGGUUUGACCGCGCUUGCAUUCAUUUUGGAACGUCGAGAUGGACUUUUUGAAAGGUCAUUAGUUGCUGGAGUGGAUACUCUUCAAAUUUUAAUAGCACAUGCAUUGACUCAAAUUAUUGUCAUGGUUGUUCAAAUAAUGUUGGUCCUAGUGUUUACAUUCUUGGUAUUUGAUAUACCAUCGAGAGGACCGUUUGGAUGGGUUAUAGUAUUGUUAUUACUACAAGGAUGUACUGGUAUGGCCUUCGGUCUCGUUGUAUCUGCAACAUGUCACCAAGAAAAUACUGCAGUUAUGAUGAUUUUAGGAACAUUUUAUCCCAAUUUAAUUUUAUCUGGAAUCAUUUGGCCUUUAGAGGCUAUGCCAUAUUGGAUAAGAUGGUUCAGUUACAUUCAACCUCAAACAUUACCAACAGAAACACUUCGUCACAUUUUAUCUCGAGGCUGGGGAAUAACUGAACCUGGAGUUUACAUUGGUUUCCUCGUUACUUGUACAUGGAUGGCCUUUUUCCUAGUAGCUGCUGCAGUUAUCUUCAAGUACAACAAAUAAGUUGCUCACCAAUAUAAUCUCCUGUCAAUCUAUCUAUUCAUCAAUUAAUUAAUUGUACCAUCAAUGAUUACUCGAGCGCUGAAAAUUCAACCACCAGAAACUCACAAGGCGAUUUUUUAUCCACUUUUUUAUUUCUUAAGUUUUCCAUGAAACUAGAAAACACAAAAGGCUCCAUAAAAAACGAAUCACUGAGAAGAUGAUACGACUUUACAAUUGUAAAUAUACUGCGUUUACCUACUGUUUUGACAAACUCCUUUAUCAUUGUUUUUCCUUCCUAUUCUCUUCCCAUCAUCUGCCAUUGAUUUGUUUUUUAUAUUUUUUCUUUAUGAGUAUGGACCUGAGUCCGAAUCAAGACUUGUCCAAUGAAAAUUGGAAUUAAAACUUUUAAACAUGUGAUACAAA